CAGCCUCGCUCGCCGCUCGUGCAGAUGAACCCUGGAUCUUCCCGCGGCCCAUCCUGCUUUUCCUGCUUCGGAUGGAAUUUGAGGUCUGGGCGGCAUCGCCUGAUGACGGUCUUUCUCCGGGAUAAGCAAAGAGACAUGGAACCCAAGAAAGAAAUAACCAUGCCAUUCCUAACUGAUGAUCUAGUGGUGGAGAUUCUGUCUCGGUUGCCGCUGAAAUCAUUUUGUCGAUUCAAGUGUGUUUGCAAAUCUUGGCUUGCCUUCUCGUCUGAUCCACAUCACAGCCAGAAGCUCCCAAGAACUCCAGCUGGUCUCUUGUACCAAAGGUGCGAUUAUCGCAGUCCCAUCCAUCUCGCCGGACUUCCGUCAAGUGGCAGGGAAAUAGACACAGCUCUUUGUUUUGUGCCAAGUUAUCAUCAUCUAAGGCUAAUGGAUUGUAGCAACGGCCUACUCCUGUGCUGUUAUGAAGGUUUCACAGGAUAUUUUCCAGAUGUUUCACGUUCGGUUGUGUGCAAUCCGGCAACGCAAGAGUGGAUGUUUCUCCCACAUACUCAACCGGGAUCAGAUUCUGAUUAUCAUGUCGUGUUGUGCUUUGAUCCAUUAUGGUCCCAACACUUUUAUGUCUUCAAAUUCCAGAAGAGGCGUUCGUCGCAUCCUGUAGACCAACCAAUCAAUGAAUUUGAGAUAUUCUCCUCUCAGGAUCUCUUAUGGCAUAGUAGUCUCCUGGAAAGUGAAAUUGGUUUUCAUGGUCGAUCACACUUCAUUCAAGGGGUGUUGUAUAUUGAGCAUUCAUUGGAUCAUUGUGUCCUUGCAAUGGAAAUAGCUGCAGCGACCACAAGUACACAACUGCUCAAACAAAGGACUAUUCAGCUGCCAGGAUUCCCCAUGCCAGAGAUGUCCCGCCGUUGUCGUGGCUACGUUUCCCAGUCAUCAGGGGUCUUAUGCUAUGCUCAGCAAGAACUAGAUGGUUGCACGAUGCAAAUUUGGCGUUUGGAAGGCUCUUCGUCUGAGAGGUGGGUGGUGAAGCAUCGGCUAAAUAUGGUCAAUGCAUUUGGGAGGGAUGUCUUGCUCUACACUGAUUCUUCCGGAUCCGUGUGGUCCGAAUAUUACAUCUUGGCUUUUGACCUUGAUAGGGAGGUUGUUAUCCUGGGGAAGCGAGGCACUUGGAAAUUCCUCUUAUUUAGCAUUAGUACCGGAAAACUCUCAGAGCUUCAGACUCCCACAACCUGUGAACUGUCUACAGAAUUUUACUACGUUCCAUACUACUGCAACCUUCCUAGCUUCAGUGCGUCAAGGGACUCUACACGUUUAGUAAGGUAAUAAAAAGCCGUAUGCAUCGACCGAUGCAGAGGCUGGAGCGUUGUCUUUUCAAAAAAAAUGAAUGCUGUAAUCUGGAAGCAUUCUUAAUGCUUUAAGGGGCUCAAGAAUGUUAGCCAAGUCAUGUAUGAAAAAUGCUGUAAUCUGGAAGCAUUCUUAGUGCUUGAAGGGGCUCAAGAAUGUUAGCCAAGUCAGUGUAUGAAGAAUGCUGUAAUCUGGAAGCAUUCUUAGUGCUUUAAGGGGCUCAAGAAUGUUAGCCAAGUCGUGUAUAUUAUGCUAUGAAGGUUGUACUUUAUAAUCGUCUUUAUGUGAACUAGCUGUACCAAACAACUGUUAUGUAUGUAAGACCGCUGGAUUGCUGGCUUUGUGUGCCAAUGUGUAGUGGCUU